UGUAGCCUUCCCGCCGAAACUGGUCCUUGUAGAAAUGUUGAAGAAAAAUGGUAUUUUGAUGUUCAGAUGCAGAAGUGUUUGCCUUUUCAGUACGGAGGAUGUGAUGGAAACGCCAACAACUUUCUCACAAUGGACGAAUGUUCAGCAGCCUGCGGA